GCGAGACUUGGGGAGAGGUCGCAGACGGGCCAGCGUUCUCGCGGAGAAGGCCAGAAGCGCCUGGGAGUCGGGCCUGGACGGGCGACGGGGAGGUGCGGCAGCCACAGCGGACCGAUAUGGCGGAGACGGACCCCAAGACCGUUCAGGACCUCACCGCCGUGGUGCAGACCCUCCUGCAACAAAUGCAGGACAAGUUCCAAACCAUGUCUGAUCAAAUAAUUGAUCCACUUGAUGACAUGAGCUGCCGCAUCGACGACCUGGAGAAGAACAUAGCAGAUCUCAUGACCCAGGCUGGAGUGGAGGAGCUGGAAGGAGAAAACAAGGCGCCGGCCACCAAGGCUUCAACCUGCCAAUAAUCUAUGAUGGUCACAGAAAAGAUACAUUUUUACAAGCCUACAGGGGUUUCCCGACACCAUUUUUGUUUUCUUUUUUCCUUUUUCCAACUACUAGUGUGUAAAAGCGUUUUUCUACAGCUGUAGAACCUGCUUUCUUAAUGUACCUUGUAUAACCAGAUUUGGAACAGUUUCUAUUCUGACUUCUUGUGCGUUGUGAGUUUCACACACUUUUUGGGAUUACCAUGUUCUGUACUAAUUUCAGUUAUUAAAACAUAAUUUGAUA